ACAUCUCGUGGAAGUACGUUGUCUCCUUUAAGUUCCACCAUAGGCCAGCAGUAUGUAGAUCAUUGCUCCUUUAUUCAAAUAGAUGUUUGUUUGUCAAAACCUUUAGUUCCUAAGCAAGUACCUGAAGAGCUAGCUUUGAAGAUUUCCGAAUAUUCUGGUGCAAGACCAAAACUGAAAAAAAUCACAAUAGUGGGAUCAGAUAAAUCGACAGAACAGUAUAAAAGAGUUAUUCAUGAGAUAAUUAGUUUUCUUCAACAAGAGUUUAGAAUGUGGAGCAUCUCUCAAGUAAAUUGUGCAUCAGUAAAACAAUCUUCAGAAAGGGCUAGGGAUUUUCUAGAAGACCUGUCAGCAAGUGAGAUGUACGAAACAUUAAAAGAAAAACUUCAAGAACCAAUACUGCAAGUCAUCAAAGAAAAAUGUUUGAAAAUAUCUACUCUUCUUGAACCAGAUCAUCUAAGUGAACUGUAUGUAGAUUUAGUCCAGCAAAUGCAUCAAGUAUUGCAGCAGGAUAUCUUUCCCCAAUCUUCUCAGGUAUAUGUUGACUCUGAAAAGCUUCUUCAGUUUGCUCAGGAAGCUGUAACAGUGGGGGCGUACAGAGUGGCAGCUAGGUAUCACCAACAGAGAAUUGCUGAGACACAUGACCAUCCUGACUCUUGGAUAGAUUAUGGAGUCUUUUGCCUUCUUCAAAACCAGAUUGAUAAGGCAGAAGAAUGUUUCAAAGAGGCAUUAGCAAUUGACCAAGAGCAUAUGAAAAGUUUGCUGUUGAGUGGAAUGCUUUGUGUUAUUCGAGAAAAUUACAAGUUAGCAGAGAUUAUUCUGCUUUAUGUUACUACAGCUCAUGAGGAUGAGAUUCUUCCUUGGUUUGUACUGGGGCUUUACUAUGAGGUAAUAGAUGAAAACGUGGGAGCUGAACUGGCAUUUAGAAAAGCUAAAGAUUGUUACAGAAACGAACAAGAUUCAAAAACAAAAGGUAGUGAAUGUACAAAAAAUUCAGAGACUGUAUUCCUUUACUGCGUACCAUGGUUGUUGGAUUCUUGCAUGAUUCUGUUUGCUGAAAGAACCCUAGCCCGUCAACUGCCUUCCUUGACAAAAGAAGAAUACUGUCUAUAUUAUAUCUAUAUGGCCCAACUUUUAUGUCUGAAGGGCAACUACACUGAUGCAUUAAAGAAUGUGGAUCACAGUCUGAACAUACAGUUUCAAAAUCUGGAUACUUGGGUAUGGAAAGGACAUGUUUUGUACAUAAAGAAAGACUAUACAGAAGCCCAGCAGUGGUAUGAAAGAGUCGUAUACUGUGGCCACCAUUUGAAUAACCAGCAUUCAGUUUUGGUCAGAUUAGGUGAUAUUUACAUAAAAACAAAGCAGUUAUACUCUUGUUCAAUGAGUUUAUGUGAGCUGGCAUGGAUGUACCAAAUUUAUGCACUCUAUGAUUUAGGUCAUUCAUGUCUUCUCUGCUCAAUGUUGG